CUCUCCCAUUGCUGUUUUUUUUUUUAAGGUUUUUGCUUCAGACUCUAUAUAUAAUCAGUUAGGCCUCGCACUCACAAAACGUUCACUAUCUGAUUUCCAAUCAGGAAAUGGGCUUCACCUUGACUUUGUUGAAUAAGAGACAAGCUGUUAGUCUAAUCUUUUCUUGAAAUUUUCUCAUCACUUAAAAGAACAUGAGUGGCGUUGUGUAAUCGAAGAUGCUUGACGAAUAGAAUAAAAGAGCUGAGCAAAACACUGCAUACUUCUUAAGAGCGUCAAAAACAAACAAUUAAUGGCUCGGAUUCUGUCUGUUUCUCCAAUAGUUGUGCCUUGCUUAUUUACAACAUCAAGCCAUUGCAGACGGAUUGUUAGGGUGGCUGUGACUGCCAGAAAUCCCAGCAUAUCAUUUGAAUCCAUGGCUUUGAAGCCUCCAUUGCACCCUACCUAUGAUUUGAAGGGAAUCAUCAACUUAGCCCUUGCUGAAGAUGCCGGGGGUCAAGGGGAUGUGACAAGUAUGGCCACCAUUCCUGUUGACAUGGAAGUGGAAGCUAAUUUCUUGGCAAAGGAAGAUGGUAUUAUUGCUGGAAUUGCACUUGCAGAGAUGGUAUUUCGUGAGGUUGAUCCUUCUUUGAAGGUGGAGUGGUCUCAAAAAGAUGGAGAUUGUGUUCAUAAAGGACUGCAGUUUGGAAAAGUUUACGGACGGGCACACAACAUUGUUGUAGCUGAAAGAGUAGCACUAAAUUUUAUGCAGAGGAUGAGUGGAAUAGCAACUCUAACAAAGGAAAUGGCAGAUGCUGCAUACCCUGCAUGUAUUUUAGAGACGAGGAAAACUGCUCCAGGUUUACGUUUGGUGGAUAAGUGGGCGGUACUGAUUGGUGGAGGGAGGAACCAUAGAAUGGGUUUAUUUGAUAUGGUAUUGAUAAAAGAUAAUCACAUAUCAAUAGCUGGAGGCAUCACAAAUGCUGUUAAAUCUGUUGACUUGUAUUUAGAGCAGAAGAACCUUAAAAUGGAAGUUGAGGUUGAAACUAGGACACUUGAGGAAGUACAUGAGGUGUUACAUUAUGCAGCUCAAACAAAGACUUCCUUGACUCGGAUAAUGUUGGAUAACAUGGUUGUGCCACUACCAAAUGGAGAUGUAGAUGUAUCUAUGCUUAAAGAAGCUGUGAAUUUGAUUAAUGGGAAAUAUGAGACUGAGGCAUCAGGCAAUGUUACUCUUGAAACAAUACACAAAAUUGGACAAACUGGAGUGACCUAUAUUUCCAGCGGUGCAUUAACACAUUCUGUAAAAGCACUUGACAUCUCCCUCAAGAUUGAUACAGAGUUGGCCCUUUUAGUUGGUAGACGGACAAAUCGAGCUUGACUGUCCUUCAUAUCACUCUUUUUUUUUUUUCUUUUUUCUUUUUGGGGUCCUUUUGUUAAUGUAUUCAGUUUCCUGCUGGUAACCUUAAUCAUUUUGUCUUGCUAACACCAGAUCACUUCAUCCUUUUUGUGCAUUGGACACGAAAUGUGGUAUGUAUAGACUACACAUCAUGCUAAGCAUACAUAUCAAUAAAAAUGUGAACUUGAUUUUUGUAAGACAA